CAUCCCCGCGUCCCUCGCCGGCCGCUCGGGCUGAGGGCCGGGCUAUGCGGCUGCGGGGAGCCGGGGGCUGCGGGCGCACGUCCCUGCCGCGGCGUCCCCGGGGCCCGCACCCCGUGCGCCCCCGCUGCGGGUGCCUGCUCCCUCCGCCGAGCAGACUCUUUGUGUGCGGGGGUGUGGGAGGCGAGGCGCGACUCCGCGCCGCGCCGCCGAGUGCCCGCUCCCUCCCCGGGCGGGUGGGGGCCUCUCCGCGCCGCCCGCCGCCUCGCGAGGACGCCCGCCGCCCGCGCCGCCCGCACCGCGCCGGGCGCGCCGCCCCCGCCCGCCGCCGCGCGCACAUGCCCGAGCUGCAGCCCUGCGAGCAGCCAGCGCCCGCCGCCCGCCCCGCGGCCCCGGGCCCCGGCUCCGGCACCGGCACCGGCGCGGUCCCUGCUCCCGGGCCGGGCGCGGCGGCCCCGGCAUGAGGAACGGGCGAUGAUCCCCGCCAACGCCUCAGCCAGGAAGGGGCCCGAGGGCAAGUACCCGCUGCACUACCUCGUGUGGCACAACCGCCACCGCGAGCUGGAGAAGGAGGUCCGCGCCGGCCAGGUGGACAUCGAACAGCUAGACCCCCGGGGCCGGACUCCGCUGCACCUGGCCACCACACUGGGACACCUCGAGUGUGCCCGUGUGCUCCUGGCACACGGCGCAGACGUGGGCAGGGAGAAUCGCAGUGGCUGGACGGUGCUGCAGGAGGCUGUGAGCACCCGGGACCUGGAGCUGGUGCAGCUGGUGCUGCGGUACCGGGACUACCAGCGGGUGGUGAAGCGGCUGGCGGGAAUUCCCGUGCUCCUGGAGAAGCUGCGCAAGGCCCAGGACUUCUACGUGGAGAUGAAGUGGGAGUUCACCAGUUGGGUGCCCCUAGUGUCCAAGAUCUGCCCGAGCGACACCUACAAAGUAUGGAAGAGCGGGCAGAACUUGAGGGUAGACACCACCCUCCUGGGCUUUGACCACAUGACCUGGCAGCGAGGGAACCGCAGCUUCGUCUUCAGGGGCCAAGAUUCGAGUGCUGUGGUCAUGGAGAUUGACCAUGACCGCCGGGUGGUAUACACAGAGACUCUGGCACUGGCCGGGCAGGACCGGGAGCUGCUGCUGGCGGCCUCCCAGCCUACCGAGGAGCAGGUGUUGAGCCGGCUCACUGCACCUGUAGUCACCACACAGCUUGAUACCAAGAACAUUUCCUUUGAGAGGAACAAGACGGGCAUCCUGGGCUGGCGCAGUGAGAAAACCGAGAUGGUGAACGGGUAUGAAGCCAAGGUGUACGGGGCAUCCAACGUGGAGCUCAUCACUCGCACUCGGACAGAGCAUCUUUCAGAACAGCACAAGGGCAAGGUCAAAGGCUGCAAGACCCCUCUACAGUCCUUCCUGGGAAUUGCUGAGCAGCAUGGAGGCCCCCAGAACGGAACCCUAAUCACUCAGACUCUGAGCCAAGCCAACCCCACUGCCAUCACUGCGGAAGAAUACUUCAACCCCAACUUUGAGCUUGGAAACCGUGACAUGGGCCGCCCCAUGGAACUGACCACCAAGACACAGAAGUUCAAGGCCAAGCUGUGGCUGUGUGAGGAGCAUCCCCUGUCCCUGUGUGAGCAGGUGGCCCCCAUCAUCGACCUCAUGGCCGUCAGCAACGCGCUUUUCGCCAAGCUCCGGGAUUUCAUCACGCUCCGCCUGCCCCCCGGCUUCCCUGUCAAGAUUGAAAUCCCGAUCUUCCACAUCCUCAAUGCUCGCAUCACCUUCGGGAAUCUCAACGGCUGCGACGAGCCCGUGCCCUCCGUGCGAGGCAGCCCCAGCAGCGAGACACCCUCCCCCGGCAGCGAUUCCUCCAGCGUCAGCAGCUCCAGCUCCAGCACCUCGUGUCGCGGCUGUGAGAUCUCCCCCGCGCUGUUCGAGGCCCCGCGCGGCUACAGCGUGCUGGGCGGCCAGCGGGAGGCGGCACCCCGCGACGAAGACGACGACCUGCUGCAGUUUGCCAUCCAGCAGAGCCUGCUAGAGGCGGGCAGUGAGUACGAUCAGGUCACCAUCUGGGAGGCGCUGACCAACAGCAAGCCCGGCACCCACCCCAUGUCCUACGAGGGCCGCCGACACGACAGGAGCGCCCCGCCCACGCCGCAGCGUCAGCCCGCUUCCUCGGCCGCGGCGUCGGGCUCCAGCCCUCGGCCCAGCCCCGGGCCGCGCGCGCACGUGUUCCGGAGCUACGACGAACAGCUGCGGCUGGCGAUGGAGCUGUCGGCGCAGGAGCAGGAGGAGCGGCGGCGGCGCGCGCGCCAGGAGGAGGAGGAGCUGGAGCGCAUCCUGAGGCUCUCGCUGACCGAGCAGUAGCGCCCCUUGCCGCGACCCUCGCGCCCACCCAUCUCCCGCGGAGACGCUCCCCCGCCGCGCACCUGCAGGGCGGUCGGCUGGAGACGAGCCACGGCCUCGAGGCGGAGCUGCGCGCCCGGCCGAGACCAGGACAGGCUAGCGUGGGCGCGGGGUGACUUGCCAGGCCAGGGCCCUGGAGGCAGCAGUCACCUGGCUUUGUUGUAUCUUGACUCCUAAGGGGCUCCCCGCGGCUCGGAUCUGCCUGAGCGAGGAGCCAGGCAGGCCCAAGGGGGAGACGAAGCCUUUGAGGAGCCUUGUCCCCAUUCCCUUGCUCCUUUCUGCUCACCGACCCAACUCCAGGACACUGCCCCUGAAGCCUUUGCAUCACUGUCCUUCUACCCCCUGUCCCUGGGAGGCAGCUGAGUUCCCCGCGUGCUGUCGCUGCUUUGUCCCAGACACAAACCAGCACGUCUAGGGUCCAGCCCCUCCCCUCACCCCGGCAUUUCAGCGUCAAGUGCACUUAGCGGGGUGCCCGGCUCCUCCAGCCCCCACACCCGUCCUGGGUCUCAGGGUGGUCCCAGCUUCUCCUUGGGCAGCCAGAAGUUGGAGUACUCAUCGCCAAGGCACGUUAUUUUUGUUGUUGUUUUUUUUUUUUUUUUCCUUUGUGACACAGAGAGCUUGUCCAAGGUAGCCCUCCUGGCCUAUGUAAGGCCUGACUCCCUUAUGGUGCCUUGGAGAGUGGGGGGAGGGGAGCACCUGGAGCUGGGGGCAAGCACUAGAUCUGACACUAGACCGAAUGCAAAGGGGUCACCCAGGGCCCUGGCACCACCACCUACCCCUUCCCACCAGCUGCUGCUAGCCCUCUGUGGUUGUGUGUCCCACCUGCCCCCACCAGGGGCCGGUCUAAAGCCCUUCAUCCAAUGGUGCUAACCCCAGGCUCUUCCCUUGCCCCACCUCACUAACUCCCCGGCCCCCAGAGAAGCACAGACCCCGAGGGGGGCAGGGGCCACUGCACACCCUCAUCCAGGGCCUCUCAGACUGGCCUUCCCGGCUCAGCCACCGAGGCUUGGAGGGGACACAACAGAAGGGGACCGAAGAAAAGAACGACAAAGAGAAGCUGUUCUUCCCACCCCUCUCCCUGAUGCCAGGGGCACCAGACUGAUUGUGAGGCACAAAUAAAAGAGGCUUCAAA